CACGACGACGACGACGCGUUUCGGACGGUCAACGACAGGGGGCAGGCAUUUUGUCUCUGCGUCUCGUGCGGUCGUGUCUGGUCUGUGGUCCGUGGUCCGUGGUGUUUGUAGUUUGUAGUUUUUUGUGCGUCCCGGUCGUCCCGGUUGUCGUUGGUGUCGGUGAUUUUAACGCAACACAGAAACACACACACACAUUCCCGAAGUCGUCCCUGCAAGGGCCAACGCGUCAACCGUGCCAAAAGGGGCCACCCCCGCCUGUGCUGUGAAUGUACCGAGCCGCACCAAGGAGGCUCCGUCGGCCAAACAGUGCCCCAAGCCCUUUUGUUUCUGCCAAAAAACGGGGGGACCGAGGGUGGCCGCGUCACCACGUCCCCUAGUCGCCAUUGGGCCCCAGCGCGCUCCCGUGUUCCUGCGUGUGUGUGUGUGUUGAAUUGUGUGCAGUGUUUGUGUGCGUAGUGUAAGAGGUCACCUCCAGGAAGGGCCAUUAAUUUAUUGUGCCAGACACACACAUACACACACACACAAGACCAUCAGGGAAAAGUACCAUAAACAGCACGACCCGCAUGAUAAGAAGGGGAGGCCUGGAGGAGGAAAUCGAAGCAGCAAGCUCCCUCUUCCCGUGGACGGUGCGCCCUCGGUGGCAGGGCUGAGCACAGUCCGACCGGUGCGGCGCCGACUGCUGUGUUGGUGUCUCCGUAGCAGCAGGCGAGCACGACACGACAGCAAGAAACCUCCCAAAAGCAGUGCCUCAGUGGAGUGGUUGUUAAAGCGAGAGAGAGAGAGAAAGAGUGUGUGCCAGUGUGAAAGUGAACGCGCAAAUCCCGUCUAGUCUGCAAAGGGGCACAAUUCACAGCGUAACGAUCGGAAGGAAAGAGACGCUCGCACACACACACACACACACAUCCAGCAACACGACAGGAAGGUAAUCGAAUCGAAUGCAAAUGUCAAACGCGCUGCCGAUCGUCGAGUUGCCGCACUGUCGUCACCAGCACCACCAUGUCAUCGAACCAUGACUUCACCUUCGAAUGGUCACUGCUCACGAAGAAGGACUGCGGCAAGUGGAACAGCGCCGGUCGCCCCAGUACAGUGCCCAAGAACAACAACCCCUGAACUGUGCAGCGCACAGCGAACCCCCGUUCGGUGUCGAGCAAGGAUAUACACACACACACACACGCAUUACGCUCUCGAACGUUCCUCUUGGGCCGGCGGGUCAGGCGGUUCCCGGUUUUUUUUCCCCCUCCCGCGGCUGCUAACUUGCAGCACACAAACUAAAACAAAAAACCACGGGUACCGAGGGGAUUGGCAAGAGAAACCCCUAAAACUACGGCACCAUUAUGAGCGGCCUAACGAGCGACGUGUACGAUGAGCAUCUCGUCGACGAAAGCUCCCAGUACAUGCUGGACGAUCUGCAGCUCGCGGCCGAGCUGGGCAAAACGCUGCUCGAGCGCAACAAAGAGCUGGAGGCGACGCUGAAGCACCAUCAGAACAUUAUCGAGGAUCACGUGCAGGAAAUAGAGUACUUAACGAAACAGAAUGCGGCCCUGCGCGAGGUGAACGACUCGCGGAUGAAGAUCUACGAGCAGCUGGAGGUGAGCAUUCAGGACCUGGAGCGGGACAAGUACAAGCUGGCGCUCGAGUACCAGGCGGAGAAGAAGCACGUCAAACAGCUGUGUAGCAAUAUAGAGAGCUUAGAAACCAAAGUAGAGGAGCUGACCCGAUCGCUCGAGGAUGCGCGGCGGCAGGUGGAGGCGGACCGGCGAACGAAGAAAACGGAACGGCUGCUAGGUCAGCAGCAGCAGCAGCAAUUGCCCGGGCAGCCCGCGAUUGUAAUCAACAGCCCGACCAGCCAUGCAUCGAAAGACGCCAUACCGAACGUUCCUUCGCAGGAGGGCGUUAGCACCAGUCGACAGACAACCGAACCCUGUCAACCGGCCAAACCGAUGCCCGCUGGAGCGGCAAAGCAAAGUGAUCCAGCAGCACCGUCGUCCGCACCGGGUGAGUCACGCACCGAGGAGGAUGGAGUCGAGCAGUGCGAGCGGGACGGUGGGCCCACGGCCGACGACCACACGCUCAGCGAGGACAGCGAGGAGAUGCUGCGCAUCAUGCAGGAGCUCGAGCGCACGCAAAAGUGUCUCCUGUCCGAGCAGGGCAAGGUGGGCGAUCUGGAGGAGCAGCUGGCGGUGAUUGCGCAGGAAAAUACCGCCCUGCAGUCGAAGCUGCUGAACGUGCACUCGACCGAGAUCCGGUCCGUGCACGACGAGCUGUCCAUGCUGGAGGAGUUCAGACAAGGGCCGGUGUGUACCCGGUGCCUGCGCGAUCUGGGCGAGCAGCAGGACGAGGACUCCAUCAUCACCGGCACCACCGAGGACGAUGCCAGCCUGAUGGAGCUGAUCCGCAACACGGACUUCCCGCAGGCGUACCGGUCGUCGGUCACGAUUGAGAUUGAGCCGACGAAACCGGACAGCCUGGACCUGGCGCUGAGCGAGUGCGCCGGUCCGACCAACCCGUACCGGGAGCUGGUGGAGAAGUACGAGGCGCUGCUGGAGGUGCACCGCCAGCCGAUCGGGCAGAAGUCCGCCACAGCCGCACCGACGGGCGCACCGGGCCCGGCGGGCGGCGUGGCCGGCUCGGGCAACAACACGCCGGUGGACAGCUGCCAGCCGCAGCAGCUGCUGGCCGACGCCGCCGACCUGCUGCCCUGCGCGGGCCGGGCCCGGCGAGCGGCGGGACGGGCGGUGGCCGCCACCGAGUGCUCCGAGACGGCCAGCUCCGGCUACUCGGACGAGGUGAGCAACAAGGCGACGCAGACGGACGAGAGCCCGCGCAACUUCCUCUGCACGAUCGCGGACGGCAAGGACUGGCGGUUCAACAUCUACGAGGACGACAGUGCGAUCGACUCGCGGUUCCGCUUCAGCCCGGCCCACCGGGAGCUGUUUCGCGAGAUCUUUAGCGUGCUGCGCAAGGCGGCCGAAAACCGGGACGAGGGCGACCAGCUGCCCCUGCUGGAUGAUGCGAAACCGGGCGGGGCGAACCCGCCGCCGGCCGCGGCCCGUGCUGGUGGUGCGGCGGCAGCGGUCACAGUGCCACCGGUGACGCCCGCAAACGACGAACCCCCGACCGGGUUCGGGCUGGAGAAGGAGGGGCAGCAAGGGGAAGGCGCGGUGGAGCAGGAUGACGAGGUCGGCGAGACGGUCAGCUUCGUGUCGUCGUCCGCCGUCAGCGAGCAGUCGUUCGCGAUGUCGGAGUGCAUCACCAAGUCGGAGCGGCGGCGAAUCGCCCGCCAGGCGAAGGCGGCCGGCCGGUACGCGGACGGGGAGCAGCAGGCAGGCAACGGGGCCGAUGCGGCCGGCCAGAAACCGGCCGGCCCGGGCUACAUCCCGCUCGAGUACAUCUCCGUGUCGGUGGGCGUGCGCAAGGGCAAAUCGCGCCGCCGCAGCCACCGGCGGGACGAAGCGCACACACCGCAGGGAGCAGCCGCAGGGGGUGGAGGGGCGGCGGCGGCGGCGGCGGCCACAACGACACCGACACCGCCGCGCUCGGGAAGCGCCCGCAAGCACCGGACCUCCUUCCGGCCCUGGAACCCGGAGCGGGACGGCGGGGUGGCCAUUGCCGCCGACGCCGCCAGCUGGAGUGCGUCGGCCGGGCGCGGCCACCGUUCGGCCACCCCGCUCAGCAAUGCCGGCACCACCACCGCCACCCCGCCCAGCGCCGCGGCGGUCCAUCCGGGUUCGUCGCGCACCUCCCGGCGGUCGGAGAAGAAGCGCAACGCCACGGCCGGGCUGCGCAACCGGUACGCCGACCUGAUGCAGGACGCGCUCGGCGACGAGGUGGUCGAGUUCCGGCCGUCCUCCGCCUCCCAGCACCUGCACAAGCUGCAGAAGCUGGACCUAUCCUACGCGGAGGUGCUGCGCCGGGCGGACGGGGGCCAUCCCUUCCCGGCCCGCCGCCAAUACAAUCAGCCGCAGCAGCAGCAGCAGCAAUAGGCGCAACAGCAAAACAACACGACAGGGCUCCUCACUCCCGGCCGGGUGUCUGCCAAAAGGGGUCGACUGAAUCGCGCGAGGGCACGGGCCGACUGGGCUGGGACGCAUUCGCAAGAUUUGGCGGAUUUGGGGUUAAGAUGCAAAUAGAUUUAGAAAGAAGCAAAUAGAA